AUGUUCCAUCAAACCAACGGUGAAUUUUUCUAUGGUAUACUAUUAUUAAUUUGUAUAUUACAUACAAAUGUAUGUCAACAAGAAGAACGAAUCCAAGCUUUAGAAAAACGUAUCAAAGAUUUAGAAGAUCGACAACAAACAUUUCCUGAAGUCAAAUAUUUGACAUAUAAAGAUCGAAAACGAAUUUUAGUUACUGGUGGAGCUGGUUUUGUUGGUUCGCACCUUGUUGAUCGAUUGAUGCUUGAAGGUCAUGAAGUAAUUGUUGCUGAUAAUUUUUUUACUGGACGUAAACGAAAUAUUGAACAUUGGAUUGGUCAUGAAAAUUUUGAAUUAGUCCAUCAUGAUAUUGUCACUCCACUUUUUCUUGAAGUCGAUCAGAUAUAUCAUUUAGCUUCACCAGCAUCACCACCACAUUAUAUGUAUAAUCCAGUUAAAACUAUCAAAGUUAAUUCAAUUGGAACUAUUAAUAUGCUCGGUUUGGCUCGUCGUGUUCGUGCUCGACUUUUAUUUUCUUCGACAAGUGAAGUUUAUGGUGAUCCAGAAGUUCAUCCUCAAACAGAAUCUUAUUUUGGUAAUGUAAAUCCUUUUGGACCAAGAUCAUGUUAUGAUGAAUCGAAACGUGUUGCUGAAGCAAUGUGUUAUGCAUAUGCUCAACAAGAAGGUAUUUCUAUUCGUAUAGCUCGAAUAUUUAAUACAUAUGGACCGCGAAUGCAUAUGAAUGAUGGACGUGUUGUUAGUAAUUUUGUUUUACAAGCACUUCAAAAUGAACCAAUUACUAUUUAUGGAAAUGGACAACAAACCCGUUCAUUUCAAUAUGUUAGCGAUCUUGUUGAUGGUCUUAUUGCAUUAAUGAAUAGUAAUUAUUCAAAACCAAUGAAUUUAGGUAAUCCAGAUGAAUAUACAAUUGAACAGUUUGCAACAAAAAUAAAAGAUAUUAUUGGUUCAAAAGCUACAUUAGAAUACAAAGAUGCAUUAGUAGAUGAUCCAAAACAACGUCGACCUGAUAUAACAUUAGCUAAAACAUGGCUUAAUUGGUCACCUAAGGUUACAAUUGCUGAAGGUCUCAAUAAAACAAUUGAAUAUUUUCGUAAUGAACUUCUUGUUCAUCAUCAUAGUGAACGUAAUUUAUUUUUUCCUAAAGAAUGGUUACAUUCAUCCGGUAUAAAGACAACCAUUCCCAAAGAUCACAAAGAACUUUAA